AUGCCCGCUCCCUUACGAUGCGUACAUGCGACUUCGAGCGCAAACAUCUUCGUCCAACUUGCGCGUCGCACGACACCGGCCACCAACGCCCCGGCCCCGAUCCUCUCGGUCCUCGUCCCGAGGUGGAAGCCCUCCACCACCACAGCGACCGCGCCAGCCGGCUUCGGCGCCAGCCGCAAGUACAGCUCCAAGGCUCUCUCACAGAGAGGCUCGUCUCAACAGAGAUAUAUCCGAAGGACGGUACAGCAGCAGACCCGGGCCUUCACGGCUUCCGCAACGCGGAGGCAAACGAGAUGCGCAUGGAAUCCGAAGAAGGACGAGGACGGGCAGGAGAUGAAGCUUGAAAUCACGGACAGGGCAGGGAAGCGUCUAUCGGACAUCAUGAAGAAGGACAACAACCCCAACCUCGCACUGAGAAUACAGGUCGAGAGCGGCGGCUGCCACGGCUUCCAGUACCUCAUGAGCCUGAUCACGCUGCCCGAGAGCGGCGAGGGCUCCGAGGACUGGUCCAAGGCGGUGGGGGAGGAUGAUACCGUGUUCCAAUACCUGCCCGCUGAUGCUGACCUAUCCGGGCCGUCGUUCGAGGGCCCCAAGGUGGUGAUCGACGAGCCGUCGCUGGAUCUCUUGAAGGGCAGCAAGGUAGACUUCACGAUGGAGCUCAUCGGGUCCCAAUUCAAGAUCACGGACAACCCGUAUGCGUCGAGCAGCUGCGGGUGUGGGACCAGCUUUGAUAUCAAGAUUUGA